GGAGUCGUCAUCAACAACGACAGCCCCAGACAACACUCAUCUGCUGGUAGCUAGCUAGUACCGCAGCUGACGUACGUUUCCGGCAAAAUCCAAGAAAAUAAAGCACCUUGGUGAGCUAGCGAGCGAGCUAGUAGUUUGACGACGACAAUGGCGUCCGGUCAGGAGAGCAGGAAGGAGCUGGACCGCAAGGCACGCGAGGGCGAGACCGUCGUCCCCGGCGGAACCGGCGGCAAGAGCGUCGAGGCCCAGGAGCACCUCGCCGAAGGGCGCAGCCGCGGGGGGCAGACUCGCAGGGAGCAGCUGGGGCAUGAGGGGUACAGCGAGAUGGGGAAGAAGGGCGGUCUGAGCAGCACGGAGGAGUCCGGCGGCGAGCGCGCCGCCAGGGAGGGUGUCGACAUCGACGAGUCCAAGUUUAGGACCAACAAGCAGUCCUAGACGCGUGCGUCCCUAUACGCACUACGUACGCAGCGCUCGUAUCUGUCUGUCAGUGUACCUUGUGGCUGUCGUAGCUAGUACUGUCUAUUUGGAGAAGUAGCAGAAUAAUAAUAAUGUAGGGUGCCUCAGCAUGCGUGUAGGCGAUCAUGCAUACGUACAUGUACGUGUGUAUGAUCAUGUGCGUGCUUCGAGAAGGGUUCAGUUAGUUCCUAAUCAUGUCAGUCGUCAAAGUUCAGUUAGCUCCUAUAAUCAUGUCAGUCGUACGUCAGGGGAAGGUUCGCUUCAUCAGGCUUUGUAGUUUGCUAGCCUGUUUGUUUCUAUGCAUGCGCGCGUGUCCGCCUCUCGACAAGUGGCCGGUUGAGCAUGCAUGCAUAGUCCUCUGUUAAGGACGCUUUGUAUCCAUGUUUCCAUGGCUCCUAAAUAAUCAGUAAUGUAAAGCUAGUUUGGCGGUUCCUCGUCAUA